UUAAAGGGCUGGGCUCUAGCACCCGUUUGCCGGUGCGCAGGAGCUGCGGUUCGGUGCUGCUUGCGGACCUGCACGAGCGACGGCGCGCGCUGCGCUUUAUUCCUGUGUGUUUUCAUUUUGAUUUUAUUUAACACGAGGACGACGACGACGCCGACGGGUGGGGGGUGUGAAGAAGCAAACGCUCCUCGUUGGUUGUGUGUGUGUGUUUGCAUGCAGAAGGCGCACACAAAAACCGGCCUUGCUUCUCCGUAAGUCGUGGAACGGCCUCCGCUUUGGGCGAAGAUCGUUUGCUGCUCGUUUUGUGUAUUUUUAACUUUAAAUCGGCGUCGUGCGCACCGUGCACGUCCGACUUCUUUCCGCCGCACGCCUCGUUUAUUUCCUUUUAUUAGGACACACCGCUCUCCUUCCACGGCGGCGCAGACUGUAAACAGUCAGGAUGAGUGAUUCAGCCAAGGGUAACCAAGCCGUCUCCCAGAAAGACAAGGAUGGGGCAGAGAAGAGAGGUCGUGGUCGACCACGGAAACAGCCACAGGUGAAAAGUCUUGACGAGCCAAGUGGGUCCCCCACUCCUAAGAGACCCAGGGGCAGACCAAAGGGCAGUAAGAACAAGACCACCACCACCAAGAGCAAAAAAGCACCAGCAUCUGCAGGCGAAAAACGUAGAGGAAGACCUAAGAAGGCGGAGAAAGAAGAGCAGGGAUCCCAGGAGUCAUCAGAGGAAGAGGAGGAGGAAGAGCAGUAACUUGUCAGCAACCCACACUACCUCAUCGUUCAGUUUUACUGACUUCCUGUCGACCAGAGCUGGACUGAAACAUUCAAUAUCGCUUGCCCCACCUCUCUACCCCCUCCCCUUUCUCCAUCCCUGCUCGCCCCUCCUGCUCUGCCAGGGAAGGUGUGUGCAGUUCACCCACUGCUAUCUGCAACAGCACUGGAAAACAAAACUGACCAGAGAGAUAUAUUAUAUAUAAAUUGUAACAAACUGGUGACUUCCCAUUAGGUUUUCUAGUGGGUUCUUCUGGGUAUUGCAAAUGGUGGUCUUUUAUACUGGACAAAGGUGAAUUUGCCUACUUUUUUUUUUUUUUUUUUUUUUUUUUUUUUUGUGAGUUUGGUGUGGUAAUUCUAGGCGUGUCAGUCCACUCCCUGCACCUGGCUAAAGCGCUAGAUUGAGGGUAGAUGAGCACAUUACAUUGUGAAACAUGGUAGUUUUCUCUAGUAUGUUUUUCUCCCUGCCCCUCCCACUACUAUUUUCAAUUAUUUGUGAUAAUAUCCCUCCCUUAAGUUCAGAGGCUGAUUUUUGCGUUCCAGAACUCCUGACUCAUACUGGCUGUCAGUAAGAUGACUGGCCUAGGAAUGGAGGCAUGCAAUUGAUCUUCAUAAUUGUGUAACAGGUCUGGUUUGGGACAGUAUGCUUUCCAUAAAGCACAUGGAGCCAGUAGUGUACAAGUGGUCUGAUUUCCUGCCGCUGUCCUAGUUUUGGUUUUAACUGGUGCUGCAAAGGGUCACAAGAACCUUUUUUUUUUUUCUUUUUUUCUUUUUUUUUUCUCUCCCCCCGCCCCCCCUGUGUGAGAUACCAUGGUUUAUCAUGGACUUAAAAAAGAAUGAACUUUUACCUCCUAUGCAGUGGUCACUCUUGCUAGGAUUUUACAUUGAAAUUUAAUUCUUGUCUGGGAUUUUUACAAUUCAAAUAGCCUGCAGGGACAGUGUUCUGUUCCAAGUAUAAAAAAGCUUGGCAUUUUUUUUAAUGCAUACUUUUAGCUGUUUAUUGUAUCUUUCCAAAAACAAAAUAUGUAAUUGCUAAGUGAGCUUGGGGGGGGGGCAGGGAAAGGAGUGUGAUGGUGUGCAAGAUUUCCACCGCUCAGGGGAACAUUUUAAAUGAAACGAUUUGACCUAGUCUGGUCCUUCUACAUGUACUUACUGUUGCCAUUAUCCAAAAUCUGGCCCAAAAAAAGACUUGGACAAAGUCUGUAAAUGACUGAUUUAAAAUGGACAGUGGGAUUCAUGAGCUCCAUGCUGUCCAAUACCUUCUCAGCUUUUCCCUUUGGAUCACAGUGUAUGCCAGCUUUUGUUGGAAUUUGGUGUACUGGUUAAAUAUCGGUCUUAAUUUCACAUCUCUAAAUGCACAAAACAUUGAAGUGUUUUUACAAACAAAAACAGUGCUAACGUUUUCCAAAGUGUGUGAAGUAGCUGGGGUGGGAGCCUGGAUACACUGCAACCCACAGGAAUGAGCUGUGUGCCCCUGCUCUAUAGCAAGACCCAUGGGUUGUUGGGAUGCCUGCGGAGAACCGAUGGAAAUUCUCCACUACCUGCAGGUGCAACAGCCAAGCCAGUUGAACACUUGUGGUCCUUUUUUUGGCACCCUGCAGAUUCAGCCCACUCUACCACAGCUGUCUCACCCAGCCGUGUUCAGCCAGACACCUAACCACAGCCGUCCCUGGUUGCUGGGUACAGCCAUAUUUCAGCUCCUUCUGACAGCGCCUCUCCCUUGAUAUAAAUCGUGCUCUUUUAGUCUGCUCCCUAUCGCCUCUUUUGCUUUUGAGCCACUUUUUCAUCAGUUUGUAUAUUGUGAAACUGUUUAGCUUUGGGAGAUGGCCAUAUUCUGUGAGGUAUACAAUGUUCCGAUGUAUUAUUUGGUGGGGUUGUUUCUUUUCUUAGUUCUCAUUUUAUUUCUUGGGUGUCAGGGAACUCUUGAUCACAGCCCAUUUCAUGGGUCUCUCCUUUUCAGUGAUGCUGCUACAACUCAGUUAUUACCCGGCAUACUGCAAAACGGGCCCUUCUUUCUCAAGGCGGUGCCCACAAUCUCCAUACCUCACUUGACAGCUUACUUUAAACUUCAACUGGUUUGAUGUAAUUUCUGGAGAGAUUGAGAAAGAGUCAAGUUUUUGAAGCCUAUGUCUUUACAUGUGUUUAUUCCUUUUUCUUUAAAUCUGCUGGUAGUCUGGAUUUAAGAUGUUGACUGCAUAGCUUGUGUGAUACACUCAUCCCCAGCUCCUGUUUUUGUUUUACGUUACUUAUUUUCCAUGAAUUAAAAAAAUAAAGAUACAAGUCAGGGAGAUCUUGUCAGCUUCUGCGAAUGUUUGCCGACUGGGUAGAAUUCUUUCUUUUUUUUAAAUAUAUAAUAAACCCAUUUCUUUGGUGCACUGAAAUGCAUUUUGGUCAUGUGUAACUGGGUUGAUUUCCAUGAUAUUUUUGUAUUCAGUGAAUUACAGGAGCAGUCUGCUAACUGCACAGCAGUCAAAGUACAAGGGAACUUGGCCUUUUGUUCCACUGAUCUGGUGCAAUGUCUGAUACUCGGAACUGCCAUGUUAGUGCAGCGCAGGUGUCGUCAUGCCUCAUUUUUAGGAAUGCAAAUUUCAAAGAGUGACACUAUGUCCAUGCUUACACACUACAAAGUAACUGUUCCUCCAAGAAAUGUUUCUGCAAUCCGAAAUGCAGGCGCUCCAAAGAUGGGACCCCGGUUUUGUUUUUCUGGCUCUUUUCAGUGUCCAAAACUCUUGUCAUGCAGAUACUGCCUUUUAUAGCAGCUUAAUUGGUAAAUACGUGUAGGGUUAAUUCAUCCACCGUGGAGCUCUUUAUUGUCAGCGGAACCAAUCACAAGCUCAUGUUGCCAGCUGCAUUUAUUAGCAAUACUGUGCUGUCUGCAUGGAAGCUCAUGGUGCGUUUUGUUGGAUGUAUGACUAUAGCUAAUUUUGCGUGUGGGUGCCCUAAUUGUCAUGGUGCAGGACGUGUCUGCCUUCAUGCACGUGCUUUCAUGGUGUGUGUGUGUGUGUGUGUGUGUGUGUGUGUGUGUGUGUGUGUGUGUGGUGGUUUGUACAACACUGGAUCAUACCACCUCUCCCCAUUUGUGAAAGUGCUCCUGAUGUCUCCACAUCAUGUAGUGAGUCAUGGAGGUGAGGGGACAUAAUCCCACAUGCAGAAUUUUUUUUUUUUUUUUUUGUGAAAUAUUUUAUUCUCAACUGCCUUCAGAGCAAAGCUUGUUAGUGCAAAACCAGAUAGUCCGGCGCUUUGUCUUAAUGUCCAUUGAUCACCUUUAGUAAAGUGAAGGUGGCACCUCUCCUCUUCCCUAGUCUCUCCCCAUGUGCUCUUCCUGUCAUUGAGCAAAUUUAUGAUUUAUACCUACACUUGAGUUCUGUCAUACAGACAAAAUUCACAGAACAUUGGGGCCCCCAAGUAAAUGUAUCUCGCAACUCAGGAAUAAAGUGAUGGGUUGCAGGGCCUGCGCUUUUGAGGAUAUGUGGGGGGGGUUAUUUUUUUGUGUGUGUGUGUAUGUGUGUGUGUGGUUUUCACUUGUCAAUGUGGAAGUUGCAGAAAGAUGCAAAGGAGUUUAUCUAUUUGGCACAAACUGUUGCGCCCUCAACACCAGUGGAAAAUUGAACAUUCUGCUGCAUAUUUUACAUGUGUCAAUACAUUAUAGAACUGAAAACAGAACUCACUUGCAAUAUGAGUACACACCCGUGUUUUGUGCCCCUCAGUAUUUGGCUAAAAAUUUUUUUUUUUUUUAUAUUAUUAUUAGUGGAAUUGAUUGCAGUUUAGUUUCUGAAGGUGUCUUUUUUUU